CCUAAGUAUUAUGCCAUUUCCCAUCGCUGGAGCGAUGGUAAGAAGGACCGCGUAAUCGUCUUGAAUGGAAACCGAUUCCCGAUUACUUCCAGCGAGUACAACAUACUCGACAAAUCCAGCUCCUAUUUUGGGCCAAGAACCAUUUGGAUCGACACCAUCUGCAUCAAUCAGAAAGACGACGCCGAGAAGGAGUCUCAGAUCAAGAAAAUGCGCGACAUCUAU